UGAGCAACCAGAGAGAGAGAGAGAGAGAGAAAGAAGGGUUGUGCGUGAGCUCACAUGUGAGUGUGUGAGUAGGGCAUGAGAAAAUCUCUGCAAAAUCCACAAACCAUUUGUAAGGAUAGCUGGGAAAAAGAGGGCCACAGCGAGACGCCAAGAACAGGGCACGAGUCACUCCUCUCCACGCUAUGGAUUUUCAUGAAGGUCUCGGCUGAUAGAGGUUUCCGCCUGUGAGGACUGCAAGUGAUUUAUCCUGCAAGUUUAAGAAGAAGAAGAAGAAGAUCGGGAGACCAUUUGAGGGACGACAUUGGUCUUUCUUAUGAACAGCAACGUGGCUGAAGAAAAUGUUGGCAGUGACAAAGCAGAGAUGCGUUUCUUGUGCCAUGUGAGCGCCUGUGACCUGGUCUCUCAGGUGGAACCCCAACUCUCUGCACACUAAGCUGAAGAUCAGCUUCUAGAGGAGCUGCAGCCAUGCUGUGUGGUCUGAGGAGAGACACCAAGAACAGCAUUGAUGAAGGACCAUACUCAAAGGGCAGCAAAGAGACAACUGACCAAUCACAUUCCUCCCGGGGGCGAAUCCUUUCAGCAGAGGAGUAUCGAGGAGUGACCACGGUGGAGCUGAUGAAAAGGGAAGGCAGCAGCCUUGGCCUCACCAUCUCCGGAGGCUCUGAUAAAGAUGGCAAGCCCAGAGUGUCAAACCUACGGCCAGGUGGGCUGGCUGCCAGGAGUGACCAGCUGAAUGUGGGCGACUACAUCAAGUCAGUGAAUGGGAUCAACCUGUCAAAGCUCCGGCAUGACGAGAUCAUUAGCCUGCUGAAGAACAUCGGGGAACGAGUUGUCCUGGAGGUUGAGUACGAGCUGCCUUCGUUUGUCCAGAAUCCCUCAGGAGUAAUAACUAAAACCAUAGAGGUGUGUUUACACAAAGAGGGAAACAGUUUUGGCUUUGUCAUGAGAGGAGGCUUCCAUGAAGACUGGCGACGGUCUCGUCCUCUUGUGGUUACCGGCGUCCGGCCCGGGGGUCCAGCUGACAGAGAGGGCACACUGAAGGCUGGAGACCGAGUUUUAAGCAUAGAUGGGAUGCCUUUGAACAGAGAGAGGCACGCUGAUGCUUUGACCAUGCUGAUGCAGAGCGGCCAGGAAGCUCUGUUCCUGAUCGAGUAUGACGUUUCUGUCAUGGAGGCAGUGCAGCAGGCCUCUGGCCCUCUGCUGGUGGAAAUAGCGAAAGGUCCUUCAGCCAGUCUGGGGAUCAGCCUCACAACAACAAUAUACAGAGGCAAGCAAGUCAUCAUAAUUGACAAGAUAAAGCCAGCAGGUGUGGCGGAAAGGUGUGGAGCGCUUCAUGUGGGAGACAUCCUGCUGUCCAUAGAUGGGACCAACACCGAGCACUGCUCCCUGAUGGAGGCGACGCAGCUGCUGGCCAGCACCUCGGAGAACCUCAAGCUUGAGAUUCUUCCAGCCAGUCAAACUAGACUUCCCAUCAGGCCACAAGACACGGUCAAAGUCCAGAAAAGCAACCAUCAUCACUGGGACCAAAGCGCCAACUACUGCCAUCCCCCACAUGCCAGCCACAGCAAAACAUGGAGCAGCCCGAGCCACCCACACAACCAGCAGGACCACUGCAAAUCAGCUGGGAGCGGUGGCUUCUCCCCUUCCUCCACGGCCACAUCAGGCUUCAGCAGCCAAGGUAGCAACACCCUGCCCUGCCCCGUAGCUCCCAUCGCCCCCGCCAGCCCCCGCAACUCCACUGGGAAGAGGAGGAACAGGAAGAAGGAUUAUAAGAGCUCGUUGUCCCUGUCCUCCAGCUCUGUCGGCCCCGGGGGGCAGAUUUUCCAUGUGGAAACGAGCGAAGUCCUCUUGAGGGGAGAUCCACUCACAGGUUUUGGGAUCCAGCUGCAAGGGGGUGUGUUUGCCACAGAAACGCUGUCUGCUCCCCCAGUCAUCCGCUUUAUAGAGCCCGACAGCCCGGCUGAGAGGUGUGGGCUGUUGCAAGUUGGAGACAGAGUAUUGUCCAUCAAUGGGAUCCCGACUGAAGAUGGGACUCUGGAGGAAGCUCAUCAGCUGCUCAGAGACUCUGCUCUGGCAAACAAAGUUACAGUGGAGGUUGAGUUUGAUGUCGCAGAGUCUGUGGUUCCGAGCAGCGGCACCUUCCAUGUCAAACUACCGAAGCGGAGGGGAGUGGAGCUGGGCAUCACCAUCAGCGCAAGUAAGAAACCCGGCAAACCCCUCAUCAUCUCCGACAUCAGGAAAGGAAGCAUAGCCCACAGAACAGGCACUCUGGAGCCUGGAGACCGGCUGCUGGCCAUCGACUCUGUGCGCCUUGAGAACUGCACCAUGGAGGACGCCAUGCACGUCCUGCAGCAGGCCGAAGACAUGGUCAAACUGCGCAUCCAGAAGGACGAGGACAACAUUGAUGAGCUGGAGAUGUCAGGCUCCAUCAUCUACACCGUUGAGCUGAAGAGGUUUAACGGACCCCUGGGCAUUACAAUAUCUGGCACAGAGGAACCUUUCGACCCCAUCGUCAUUUCUGGCCUCACCAAGAAAGGUCUGGCUGAAAGGACCGGGGCUAUCCACAUAGGCGACCGGGUGCUCGCCAUCAACGGCGUCAGCCUUAAAGGGAAGCCUCUGAGUGAGGCCAUCCAUCUGCUGCAGAUGGCCGGGGAGUCCGUCACCCUCAAGAUCAAAAAACAAGCUGACCAGUCUGAGUGUCGGCGGCUGUCAGACAAAGAAGCCGGCCUUUUAAGCGAUCCAGAGGAUGAACUGACGGACUCCCAAAAAACCAGUAAACUCUCAGAGGUCUACUCGGCCACGGUUCCCAGCAUAGACUCAGCCAUGAGCUCCUGGGACAGCGCAGCGUUUGAUGCGGGGUACAUUAGCCAAGGUACAUAUCUGCAUAAAACCUCUGAUUUACUCCUAAAUCCACUUGACUGGAGGCGCCCGAAGCACAGAGGCCACACCACUUCUAAUGCUGGAGGUUUGGGGAUACAAACAGGGCUUUAUGAUGGAGGGUUCACUGAGGAUGAGUGGGACAAGAUACCUGGAUUCGUCAGCCCCCCUCGCUGCCAUGGCUCGCUGAACAAGGACGACAGCUUCUGGUCCCAGGCUCUGCAGGACCUCGAGACCUGUGGCCAGUCUGGGAUUCUCAGGGAACUGGAAGCUUCUAUGACAGGCAGCACUCUUAGUCUGUACCUGGAGGAGACCAAGACCAGUGAGGACUCAAUGUUUCUGUCUGAGAUCAGUCCAAUAAAGAAUGAAGGAAUCCACAACGGGUCUAAAAUCAAAAGCCUGAACAUGUCGACUGGAGCCAGAGAUGGAUCAUCCAGGGCCAAAGGGGGUCCCUCUGACGCUCUGUCCCCUACAGCCCUGGCACUACAGAAGGUCUCUCUGAGGAAGGACCGUGAGAGUCAUGACUUUGGUUUCAGUGUGUCAGACGGGCUCCUGGAAAAAGGCGUUUACGUCAACAUGAUUAGGCCUGAUGGACCAGCUGAACAAGCCGGUCUGAAACCCUUCGACCGGAUCCUUCAGGUGAACCGCGUGAGGACCAGGGACUUGGACUGUUGUCUCACUGUGCCUCUAAUUAUGGAGGCUGGAGACUGCCUGGAUCUGGUCAUUAGCAGGAAUCCACUGGCAUCCACUUACGCGGAGCUGGCCAGCAACUGUGACGGCCCCUCCAGCUCGCUUGUCUGCUUCGCCAACUACAGGACCAACAGCAUCGCCCUGUGAACACGGAGCUGGAAGUGGAACACGGCAGCGCUGGGACCUCACACAUGCAUCACACGUGGUUCGGUUUGUCACAUUGUAGCUCUCAGACAGACCUUCACGCUCGUGUUCUGCACACAGGAACAACCACUCUCUGCCUCAGAGCAUCUCUCUCUCUCUCUCACUCAACAUUACACGAUUGUUGCUUUUGUUCACUGCUGUGUUCAGAUGAUUUAGUCCUGUGGAGACAGAGGCUUCAGUAGAAAGCCCCCUACUCUCUCUCUCUCCCCCCCCCCCCCCCCGACCACCACCAGAGGCACAGCCACAUGAAGGGUUAUAUAACAGAGGAGUCAUAGCUUCUGACGGAGGCCAGGACAUCAACGCACGUUUUCGUUCUGCAGACUUUCAUGAUGUAAACACUCACUGCCUAAAACCUGACAUAUCUUUAUUACGCUUUGUGUUGGUUUUCAUUUUAAUUUUUCACAAAUAAUGCAUUGGUUUCGGUGCAUGGAAAGCACUCACACAGACACCGGGUGUGGAUGAAGCAUUAGGUAAAGGAACAUUGCACUUAUUUGAGUAAUUUCAGCCAUGAGUUGGCUCACUGCCUUUGUUUCCAGUCUCUGCCCAGCACGGACUGCUCUAUAGAGCGGAUGGUGCCCCGAAUAGUCCAAGCACUCCCCUGAUACCUGCCAACAACAAUAUAUUAUAAUGCCACUAACACAUGAGGUCAAUUUAACCUCUGUUCAUGACACUUGAAUUGUGAUUAUUUGUUUCAGAGACACUUUCUUGUGCACUGAUCAACUCUCUAAUGUUCACUUGCCUUUUAUUUUGUUGGAACGUUUGAUACCAUUACGUAUGGAUUUGAGUUUAAAAGUUAGGUUUGCACAUGUUUAAACACUGUUUCUGCAUGUUUUGUUUUUUUUCUCCCAAGAGUUCAAAUUCAGUGUUCACAAUUUUUCUGUACAAGCUGCUCUUUCUAACACAAAACUCCAAGGAUGCGCACUGUAUACCAGUCCUUAACAUUUUCUAUUUGCUUAAAGCAAACUGUGAGUGCACUUUUUUUUUUUUUUUUUUUUAAAUCUUGAAACUGUGUUCUCAACGUUACCUUUGUAUGACACAAUGACCGUACUAAUCUGAAAAUGGAUUAUGUUAAAUUUCGUGUUGGCUGGUGUGAAAAUGUUUUUCUGUCCCAUUUGUAGCAGCCUCAGAGGCAAAUUUAUAGUUGGGUCAGUAACCUUCAGAUUUGUCUAUUAUGAAAUUUCUUCCUAAAUAAGGACCCACUUUAAAGGUCCUAUAUCUCUCAGCAUUAAUUUUUUUUUAAUCUUUUACUGUAAAAGGCAUUUUUGUGCAGUGUUUAUUUUUAUUUAUUCAUGAAUUUUAUUUUUAGUACAGGUCCAUAAGGUUUUAGGAUCUUCCUGAAAUCUGCAAUACCAAAUGUUUCUGUACUUAUUUUAUUUAUUUUUCUUAUUGAAGUCUUUUGUGAACUUGUGUAUUUUGGCAAAAAUGACCAAAAUGAUUUAUCAGAUUUUAUUUGGGCAGGGCAGUUCUUUUUGUUGUAAUAAAGUUAUACGGCUGUGGUUUACCUGUCCAACCUUUGAAAAGUGUAGCCUGUGACCCAAUGAUUCUGCAAGGCAAAGCCAAAUCUUUUUUUUUUUUAAACCAAAAAUGUGUGAUUAUUGAUUUAUCUAUGUACAAACAAUUUUACAACAAAUGCCAUCUAAAAGGGUGAUUUACUGCAUAAAUUGCUUAAAAUCAUAUCCAAACAUAUGAAAUCCAGUUUGGUCCAGAUCAAAUUUAAAACCAUACAUUCUAACCAUAUUGAUGUAUUCAGAUCAAGUUAUCACAUUCACUCACAACUGUAAUAAAAACGAGUCGGGUAAUCAAUUAAUACCAAUUUUGAAGUUCUUGAAGAAAAGUCCAGCAGAUUGCAUUUGGUCACUGACGUUGCAGCGAUUGUUCAUCCUGAGCAAUCAUGAGGCAGUGGUGGAGAGGAGCCGUUCUGUUUUUGCAGGAAGAAACCUUCAGCAGAACCAGGCUUAGUACGAGUCACCGGCUGUGGGUUGCUUUAGAUGUUAAAUCUUAUUUCCAAAAAGUACAAAUGAGAUAUUUCCAUGAAGCAUUUAAGUCAUAUAUCUCACUUCAAAGAGUAAAUCAGCGUGUUGAGUGGAUGUAAUUUUUUGUUGGCGAACUUUGCGCUCAAAGCUAGAGCGCUUAAAACUCCAGAAAUUGUUUUCCUGUAAAGCAUAUUUUCUCCACCAUUUCACCACACAGCUGCAUGCCACCUGCAACCUUGAGCUUGAAUGACGCAACACUGCGCGGGGGAGGGUUGUGAGCAGCGAGUGACUAACAUGUCUAACAACCUGUCUGGCUCUGAUUGGUUGUUUCUGACCGGGAGCACUGUAUUUCUGUAAAUGGCAGUAGGACCACUGGGAGGAGCCAGAGAAGCUUUAUUUUUUCACAAUUAUCUCUCAUAUUUUACAGUUGGGACAUACUGAUCAUUUUACAAAACAUGUAAAAAAACAAACAUUUAUACAAAAAUUACCUGCUGCUGUUUUUAACAUGACCAACUUGAACCAAGAACAAGCCUUCUUGAUGUCCUUUAAUCACAUUGUUUGGCCCUUUUCUGGCCUCGUCGUUGUACAGGCCACUAUAACCACAACAGAUCUUAAAAAUAUGUAUUUUUAAAAUAUUAAAUAGUAAAAUCCUAAAUAUAAAAGAACAUUUCUGAAGAAAUUUAAGAAGGCGCCUGCCUUGUGGUGUGUAUCGUGCUACCCGUAAGAGUUACCAUUGCGAAUAUCAUAUUCCUACGUUCAUCACAGCCCCCGCAGUGAGCGUCGAAUUGUGGAUUAUGUGAUUUUGGUGUCUGUGGAGCAUGUCUGCAGCAUGUAGCUGC